AUGUUCCACUGCGCGGUCAUGGUCGUGCUUCUGCUCAACUUGCUGCUUGCGAUGAUGAACAAGACGGUCGACCGCAACUGGGCCAAGCUGCAGUCGCGGGCGCUGGCGAGCUACGCGCGCUGCGUGCUGCGCCUCGAGACGAUGCUGGGGCACACGGAAGCGGCGCGCGAGAAGCUGCUCGAGAUGACAUUGCCCAAGGCUGCUGGCGGUGGUACGGUGCGCAACCCGGUCUUCGAAGAGCGCGUCGCCAAGCACGAAGUGACGGCCGCAUUGGACGACGUUGCGAUGAACGAGACGCUGGAAGCCACGGUGCAGAACCUGGCGGCGCAGAACGAGCGCCUCAGCACACAGCUCGCGGCGCUCAAUGCGUCGGUGCAGAGUCAAAUGCAAGCGAUUCUUGUCGCUGCGCAAAAGCUGCAUCGCGACUGAAUCGACGCGAUAACGUUGACCACGUUCAAAUGUG